GGGCAAAGCUGUCCAUGGGUGAAAUAAAAGGGGUGCGUUUAGAAAUCUGUAUGCUGCGCGAAGAAGGUCCGUAUUUUUUUUGUCAAAUUUAUGGGCUGUCUUCCAUAGUUGGGCCAUAUAGGAGCCGCAAUAGCCUAGAGCCGGAAGUGAGCGUUGAUUCAAGGCAUUCAACCAGAGGAACGCAGCUUGCGUCGAGGGAAAUAGAGCAGUCACCCGUUCGGCCAUUCCACAUGCCACAGCACCAAGGCCAACUCCUUCCUCUGUGACCUCCGUCUAGGCCUCUAGAGACGCCACCGCAGCACGCCAGCACUCCGGGCAGUCCAGCAUCGGCUGCAUCGCACCUCUCCAAGUCCGCCAGCUCAGAAGUCGCACCACUCCGGCACUCCGACCACUCGCACGGCAAGUCUUCGCUACAACCGCAUAUCCGCCCCCUGGAUGCUGGACGAAGCUCAAUGAACAGGAGUAUCUCCCUUCUUCAAAGUGAAAAAUAGUUAUAGAAAGGGGGAAAUUUGGACCAUUUCUGUAGCCUUUGUUGGAUUUACUCUGUAAAAUGGCAGUUGAAUUUGGUAGAGCUCUUCCGCAUAUUCUGAUUGCGCUUGCUUUUCAUUCUACCAUCUGUGUCUGCUCUUCAAUUUCUUAUCAGGAUACUGACAACAACUACAAAGUAAACUCUAACAAACACAACUCCAGUUUGUUGCCUUGUUAUACAAGAUACAUCUUAGAGUCUUAUUUCAGAGAGUAUGAGAGUUGCAGUGAUUCCAACUUCCAAGAGUAUAUGGUGCAUAAGAUCCCUUUUGGGUCAGAAAGAACAUUUGGCAGGCUAUGGAACUUUGAACGCCGUCUGAUUGGAGAGGGUUCUCAUCGCCGCCUAUCUUCAUUUAUUAGAUUCAGCAUUCAUCAAGAUUGGAUAGCUGAUAUUUCCUUUCAGGCGUGUGAGGUCAUACUCAUUGAGAAAUUGCCCCUUGGGGUUUUUGCAGACCCUUUUGAGCUUGAACAUCUUCUUCAUCGUGGAGGUGUUCUCCCUAUUGUGCUUUAGAAAUUUCCGAUCAAGUACUCAGAGAUGCUUUUGUUUUUGGAGAUGCAAAUUUGGAAUUGCCUUCUUUUCUUUCCAACCAGUCAAUAGUUGAAGUUCACUUAGAAGCAGCCUUGGAUGAAUUGGCACGGAAGGAGAUUAUAAAAGAGUUCAAUGUAGAAAUCCCGAUACAUGCACGAUAUUCUCACCACGAAGAAAGCGGAUAUUCAAAAGUCAGAUUUGGAGUUGCUGACUUAUUUCUUCGGUGCAAGAAGCAAGGGGAGUCAACUGCUGAAAGCUGUGUGUUAAAACGUAUGGGUAGCAGUAUGAGUUUGAAAGAUGAUGAAAUUGUGUGGAGCAUACCAGCGGGUAUGAAGGCACAUUCAAGUAUUGUAUCUGCUGUUACUUUUACAUCCGCAUUAUUAUCAGCAGUUGGGAUUAUCAUUACUUCCUUCCGAAGCAAUCCUAAUUAGUGUAGUUCUAUAAUUUAGUACUGCAAAGAGCGCAGAUAAUAUAGGUACUCGCCCCCAUUGAUUUCAUUUUCCUUUAAUUUACUUACUUCCUUCCUUUUCUCGUCCCCUUGUCAAUCCAACGGAUGCUUCUGAAUCACUGAAUGUACAUAAUCCAAGUCUGGUUUUUUUUGUUAAUGAAAGAUUUGAUUACUUGUGCGUAUAUAGCUAAAA